GAGUUUGAGAACACAGAGGGGGAGGAGUACCAGGCGGACUUCUCCAUCCUGGCCUCGCCCUCCUCCCAGAAUGGACCUGAAGUCUACAUCCUCCCCCUCACCGAGGUCUCCCUCCCCGUCUCCAAACAGCCCGGCAGAUCCAUCCAGCUGCUGAAGUCCUCCAACCUCGGCCGUCAUAGCCUGCUCUAUCUGAAGGAGAUUGGCCAUGGCUGGUUUGGCAAGGUUCUGCUGGGGGAGGUGAAUGCGGGUGUCAGUACCACCCAGGUGGUGGUCAAGGAGCUGAAGUCCAGUGCCAGUGUCCAGGACCAGAUGCAGUUCCUGGAGGAGGCCCAGCCCUACCGGUCCCUCCAGAACCCCGCCCUCCUGCAGUGUCUGGCCCAGUGCACCGAGGUCACGCCCUACCUGCUGGUCAUGGAGUUCUGCCCCCUGGGGGACCUGAAGAGCUACCUGCGGAGCUGCCGGGCGGCCGACGCCGUCACCCCCGACCCCUUGAUCCUUCAGAGGAUGGCGUGUGAGAUCGCCUCGGGCCUGCUGCACCUGCAUAAAUACAACUUCAUCCACAGUGACCUGGCCUUACGAAACUGCCUGCUAACCUCCGACAUGAGUGUCAAGAUAGGAGACUAUGGCCUCUCUCACAGCAGAUACAAGGAAGACUACUUUGUGACACCAGACCAGAUCUGGGUGCCUCUGCGCUGGAUCUCCCCGGAGCUCAUCGAUGAAGUCCAUGGAAACCUGCUAGUGGUGGACCAGACUAAGACCAGCAAUGUUUGGACCCUGGGAGUGACGAUCUGGGAGCUGUUUGAGCUUGGGAACCAGCCGUACAGACACUACUCUGACAGACAGGUGCUGACCUACGCUGUAAAGGAACAGCAGCUCAAACUGCCCAAGCCCCUGCUCAAAGUCCCCUUGGCUGAUCGCUGGUAUGAGGUGAUGCAGUUCUGCUGGCUGCAGCCAGAGCAGAGGCCCAGCACCGAGGAGGUCCACCUUCUGCUCACCUACCUGUGUGCCAAGGGUGCCAGCGAGGCGGAGGAGGACUUUGAACAGCGCUGGAACUCCCUGAGGCCCAACUUGCUCGGCAGCACCUCCCACAGCGCCCCGGCCCCGGCCCCGGCCCUCACCCCCACCCCGGCCCCGGACCUAGCCCAGGCCCAGGCAGUGGAGCUGGCCUCCUCCGCCUCCUCCUUCCCACUUCUGGAGCACUUCUCCUCCGACGGCUUCCACUCUGACACCGGGGACGACAUCCUGACAGUCACAGAGACCAGCCGUGGCCUCAACUUUGAAUACAAGUGGGAGCAGGCCAGAGCAGAGCAGCUCUACUGUUCCUCCUCCACCAGCGGCCCACUGGGCCAGGGCAACCCCCACUACCAGGACAUCUACUACCCCAUCACGGGCGGCACCUCGGGGGCCUGCAAGUCCUCUCCCUCCUACUACGAGUCAGACCCCCCGGGGGUGGUCCCUGUGCUGAGCGCCCACAGCCCUUCAGUCAGCAACGAGUACUACAUCCGCAUCGAGGAGCCUGUCGAGUGUAACAUCGACCUGGACGACAGUGUGGCGGACUACAGCCCGGGCCUGGAGGCGAGCCACGCUAGCGUCUCCACAGGCGGCAGGUCAGGCCCCCCAGCCGGCCAGCCCAGCGCCUUCUGGUCCUCAGCAGAGAGGGGGAAGCCCAGUGCCUAUGACUCAGAUGCCAGCCCUACCGUCUCUCUCACCAUGGAGCCCCUGCUCAGACACGCUUCCACCAGCAGCCCGGAGGAGCUAGGCCGCUCCCACCACCACUACUUCUCCCCCAAUCACGGAGACAGCCCCUACUGUGAACGGUCUCCCACCAAUCGGGCGGGUCACCGCUCUCAGGAGGACACGCCCUCAGCCUCGCAGCAGAGUUUUCUUCAUCCAAUAGGGAGGCUGGAGACCCCGCGGGGCGUUUCCCAGCCCGUCAGCAGCCCUAGCUUAGGCUACUGUGACCCCUACCUAGAGGCUAACCAGGGAACCCUGUCAGCCAGGAGCAUGGUUAGCGAUAGCUACUGUGAUAUGAUAGGCCCCCUUAGAAAGAGCCUACCCAUAGCUAACCACAUUAGCAUCGACGUCGAGACGGGGGAUGGUCUCCUAGUGGGCCGGAGAAGGGGUGGCGACACGGUCGACGACAGUGACCUGUUCUCUGAAGUAGAGGCCACCAACUGGACAUCUAACCACUCUGCUAACAACAACAGUCUGACCUGGGAAGGCAGGCAGACGGGCUUUAGCCAGGACAGCUAUUUUGACCUGCAUUGCACCACACUGUCCUCUACCACAACAGACUCUUGGCCUACAUCUACAGCCGGUUCUACCAGUCCUUCGUUCUUCAGCGCCCAAUCUUUCAGCGACUUGGACACCACGGGAGGAGAGAGUUCCUCCACGAGCAGAUCCGACGAGUUUGAGUCUUAUAUUCACCUCUGCCAUGAAGGGAGACGAGAAGCGAUAUUGUCCGGCAGAGACACCUCAGCCACGUACCUGCACAAUAUUGAUUCUCUGUCCAGCUCGGUAGUGCAGAACGUUAACCUGAAAGCUGGGUUUAAGGAGGGCUCCUCCACGGUGUCCGCAGAGGGCGGCAGUAAAAAGCCAUCAACAUUCACAGGAGAGAGACUGUCCUCGGAGCCCCAGAGAAUACCCGAGGCUGGCUAUGUCAAGUCCCCAUCCGCUUACAUGGAGACUCACACCGGCGCCAUGUCUGACAAGCUAAGAGCUAAUAUCUGGGAGGUGCCUUCCCUCAUGAAAGACGUGAAGGUUCCAGGAAGGAUGUCCAGUGGCCUGGAGGAGAGGAGGUCGGGCCAUUCGGAGGGGUCUGAGGCCAGCAGAGGGCUGGACAGCGGGCUGGAGACGGGGGUCAUCAUGGUGGACAUCGGUGACUGCAGCGACGAGGACGACGACAUCACUUCAGGGAUCUACGCCGACUUCCCCCUGGACUACAUGGAGAGGGAUGACGACCUCAGCCCCCUGCAGAUCCCCGUAGGCACCCCCGACUCUGUGGACACCAUGACCCUGUCCUGCUCGGCGGCCAGCCCCUGUGAGGAGGCCUUCAGCCCGGACGCCUUCAACGCCUCCAUCCUGCCCAAGUCCCUGGACAGCGGCUACGACACGGAGAACAACGAGUCUCCAGAGUUCAUCCUGAAGGAGCACGGAGGAGACUCCCGGGAGGGCGAGGGGAGCCCGUCUGGGGAGGGGGAGGAGCCAGAGCUGGUCCUGCAGGUGGACCUGGACCAGGGCCUCUCUGUCUGCACGUCCAGCGGACCUGAGCUGCAGCUGAAGAGCCUGACAGACAAGGGCCGCUACAGAGACUCUGCCUACUUCUCUGACGCAGAGAAUGAGAAAAGUCCUCGAGAUGAAGGCAGCAACUUUUUCACAGGUUCAGGUGACCAGAGCUUCUUGAGGUAUGCUGGGAAACAAAGUUCCUCAAAGAAACCAGGCUCCAAAGCGCAGAUUGAAACGCGGGAUCCUUACCACCUAACAAACCAGAGGAACAACAAAGCUGGCGUUGUUUUGGUCCUGUCUGAACCAGAUCCCUGCGCCACCUCCCCCUCCUCCACCCCCGGCCUCUCCAUGCUCGCCCCCUUCCCCCCACAGAUGGGGGGCUGCCUGACCAAGGAGUCGUCCCCAGACGACGGCUUGGGCCUGGAGACCGAGAACUCAGGGGAGGACCCUAUCUCGGAGUGUAGCUCCACCCUUGUCUCAGAGCCUUCCUCCGCGGUCCAGGAGGGCUCAGCCAAUCACGGCCAGGAGAACAGAGGGUCAGACGACUACUCCCCGGUCCAAUCCCUGGGUUCGGACUCCACCGUCGUUGACUAUGGAGAGGAAGUGUCCAAGGAGAGGGAAGAUGGAGAGGGUUCCACUGAGGGAGAGGAGGAGGACUUCCCAGAGUUCAAUCAUGUGGAGGAAGAGGAGCAGAUGGGAAGGAAGCCCACAAGAGAAGAAGAAGAGGACGAGGAGGAGGAGGAAGAGCAGUACGGUUCUCAGGGGGGGUUCGUCGAGGACCAGAACGGUUCCAUGGAGAUGCUGACGUCCUCGUGCUCCUUCCUGGCGCUGUGCGGGGAGGAGGCGAGGAGGGCGCCCCUGGAGGAGGCCGAGGACGACUCGGACGACAGCGAGUCGGACGAGGAGCUCAGGACCUACAGCCUGCAGGGGGAGGAGGAGAGCGAGGAGAGCGAGGAGGACCUCGCCUCCGUGCCGGUGGUGGUGAGCGACCGGAGCGGCGACCGACGCCUGCGCAGCCUCCUGAAGAUGCCCACGCUGCUCAGCCAGUCCUUCUGCGACGAGCUCGACAGGAAGAAGAAAGCCGUGUCCUUCUUCGACGACGUCACCGUGUUCCUCUUCGACCAGGAGAGUCCGACCGGGGAGCUGGCGGAAUAUUCCUUCCCCCCGGGAACUGCAGGAGCAGAGCCCAGUGGCCAGGCCUUAGUGGGGGACAGGCCCCUGCCCCAGCUCCAGCCCCUUCCCCUGCCCUCACCCCCCCAGGAGAGCGUCAAUGCCUCAGAAGACUUAGACGGCAACAUCUCUGAAGAGAGUGGCCGGUUCGAGUGGGAGGAGGACUUCCCCUUGGUGCCCAGCCCCUCCGUGGAGGAGCCCGUCCCCGACCUGGCGUCCGACCCGGUCCCCGUCCCCGCCGCCAAGGCCCCCGAGGACAAGCCGGCCGCGGCGGCGGCCUUCUCCCGCUUCAGCGUGUCGCGCUUCUCCAUCACCCACGUGUCCGACUCUGAUAUGGACUCAGCUGGAAGAAGUGAGAACGGAGAGAGGGAGUGACUCGGCCUGAUCGCCCUGGUUGCUCCUUCGCAACCCAGGUUGGCUACGACUUCUUCAGAGUAUUCCACGAGUAUUCGACAACUUCUCCAGAGUAUCAUUCCUAUCGACACGGGGUCUCCUGAUCUUGUUGACCCCUUAUGAGACAAUGCCUCAUAAUGGUAGCAAAACAUCCUUAACCUUCUGUCCUUUGUUUCUUAAAGACAGACAGAUAAAUAAUAAUAGUAUGAAGAGGAUAACAGUGAAGUGAAGACGAAAACGAAAUUAUAUUAUGUAAUGAAACAAACAUGAUAUAUAUGUAUUAGAGUUCUAACAUAUAUGAUAAUUGUAACUUAUUUGCUCAAUUUAGCAUCAAAUUCCAUUGGUGACAUUUUUUGGUGAAAUGGAAAAGACAAGAAUUGGUUAGGAUGCUGGCGUCAUUGCUGCUUUCCUCAUUGGCUGCCUUGGUCCAUCUGCUUGCUCAUUGGUAGAAUCUUCUUAAAGACUGUUCCAGCUCUGUUUGGGCCAAUGAAUGAAGGAUGAUGAUGUUCGCACAAGAUGCUGGUGUCAGUGUCCAAAGACGACAAGCCCCCCACCCUAUCAGAGACAGGUGAGGUAGGAGAGGGUGGGUGUGGGUGCUCUGAUUGACUUUGCCUCCAGAAUACUACGGGAGCAUCCUUUCCCCACUCCACAGGAUGUUGUAGGUGGUGUCACAUACCAUUCAAAUGUUCUACGAUGGCCCUUGCAACAAAAUAGAUUUAGUUCAGGAGGGGAACCAGUUUCUCCCAGAUAGUUUUCCCCUCAGGCUGAUGAUGGCAUCUGGGAGUCUUAAAGCACUUCCUGUGACAAGGCCCAAGAAGGUGUAUGUGAGCAUAACUGUGCAAUUCCUCAUCCCCUCCUCCUGGUGCCACUGGUCAACCUAAGAGAACUCCAGUUUGUGUCCCUCUACUCAAUAAGCCAUCACACAGCUUUGCUCGUACACCGUUUUGUUUGUUUGACCAACAAUAGAAUUACUUGAAGAGAUGUGAAUGUGAAUAACGGAAACCCCUGGAAAUGUUUUAGUGCCAGAUCACCCUUCAAUUCAAUACAGUGGUGUCAUGUCAACAUCAGAACUGUGAUUGUUAAUGGUAUAACUCCAUUACCUUUUGUCAAAGUCUAUCUACUAUCUGAUGUCUAUUGCAUAAUAUGUGUUCGAUCGCACUUACGAUGGGUACAGAGGUGUUGAAAACAAAAAUAGGUCACAUUUAGACAUAGUUCACCUAUUGUAUGAAUGUUAGCAACAUGUAGCAGGUAGAUGGACUUGGUUUUACUACUGCAGUAUUGACUGAUCCGCCCCUUCCUCCUCUCAAUCCGGACGAGAUCAAAGUGCCAAUUCUGUGUCCUCUCAGCCUGCCUUUUAAGUUCUCCAAGAAGGGACUGCUACGCUGGUAUUUUUGUAUGAACAUUUAGAAAUGUAACUGAAGAUGGUGGACAGUACUCUCUGAUAUUUGCCAAAGAGAUAUUACAAUGCCCAUUGGUAAGUGGAAGAUGGAGAGGAGGAGAAGUGGGUUUGUCCAUGCACCAGUAGUAAUAUCAUGGCUAUAUUUUAAUCCCUCCCCACACUAUCAUGGCUGUUGUGCUCUUCCAAACAAAUAAAUACAACCAGUUUUUUU